AUGGCAACGCCCCCACAAAGCAUUAUGGAUCUUCGGUGCCCAGAGGCGGGCUUCUGCUUCCCGCCCCCGGGCAGACGGGGGUCGCCCUCGGGGCCCCGGAGCCCCGCAGCCCUGCAGGCCAACCGGCGCUCUGAAUGCAGCAUCCGCCCGGGCGGCGAGAGGAGGACUGCGGGCAGAACUCUGACCCAAGGCUGGUUGGGGGCCGCUCAGGUCGCCUGGCUGCGACGGGGCGCGCUGGAAGUAGGGGCGCCUAGAUGCCAGCCGGGGAACCAGGCGAGCGACCCCGCAGUCCACGCCCGCCGCCUGGGCCUCUGCUCCUGCCCGAGGGCUCGCUGCAGGGGAGCUGAGCGCUCUAGUGAUACUCGCCGCCCGCUUUUGGUUGCGCAGCUGAGCAGAGCUUCGGCCCGCGCCCUCGCGCGGUGGUCCCCUUGCCUCGGGGCCCGUUGGGGUGGGGAGGCAGCGCUGCUCGCGACCCUCUGCCGCUGCCCGCUGGAAAUGAGCCGCCCCGCCCGUCUGGAGAAGGCUCCAAAGUCUCCCCUUUACGCGGAAUGUGGCAUCACCCCAGAAAGUGAGAACCUGACCUUGUCAUCGUCAGGAGCUGUUAACCAGUCGUCCUGCACAGGGAUGCCUCUCUCCUCCACAAUUUCCUCCCCAGAAGACCCUGCCAGCAGUAGUCUGGCCCAAUCGGUCAUGUCCAUGGUGUCCUCCCAGAUCAGCACCGACACCGUCUCCUCCAUGUCCAGCUCCUACAUCGCCCCUGGCAUGGAAGGGGACGGGGAGGCUCUCCCCUGCCCCCGGGCCGCCAGCAGGACCCCCUCAGAAGAAGCAGAGGUGACGCCAGCGGCGUCUCCAGACUGCAACUUUGCAGGCCUCUCCACCACCGCCGAAGAGCAGGAUGCAGAGGGAAAUGAUGUUCUAGAAGAAGAGGACGGGUCACCCACACAAGAAGAUGGCCAGAGGACAUUCGCAUUUCUAGGUAUGGAGUGUGACAAUAACAAUGGCUUUGACAUCGCCAGCGUGAAAGCACUGCACAAUAAGCUGUGCUCUGAGGUCUCCUUACCCGGUGCCUGGCAGGCUGAUGACAACGUGGUCAGUCGUCGGAACACGCAGCGCCGACGCUUAUCUUCUGGCAGCCUGGAGGACCCCGAGAACAGGCUCUGCGUGUGGGGUCCUUUGGUCAUCUGAGAGCCUCAUCCCCUGUUCCAGGGCUCUCCUCCCUUUCUCACAUCCCAUCCUGGCCUCAUGGCACCACUGACCUCCUGGGCAUCCUCAGCAAGACACACGGAGACUUUUUAGACCCACGUGAAAGCUGGAUGCUGAGGGCACCUGCCCCU